AUGGCCAACGAAAACGCAGCUUUUGAGCAGCUCAUUGGAGGAUACCGAAAGAAUCGCCGGCUCCUCACGAUCAACAACAUCUCGUUCAAAGCUACCCGCUCUGAAUUCCAAACCGCUGCUCGUGCCAAGUACCACAACUCCGACAAACUGACCUUCUUUUGGCCACCGGCUGGGGGCAAAUAUCGCAACCCGAGACAUACGGGAUGCGUGCAUGUGGCGGUUGCCACUCGCGAGGAUGCCACCAGAGUUCUUUCUGAAUUCCAGGACUAG